AUGGUCUUCAAGACCCUCAACCUCCGAAGCCUCAGUCUUGCGAAGACUUUCACCCACGGCUACGCCCAGUCCGUCGUAGCUGCCUCGCAGUCCUCCUACGCCUCCCAGAACUUCAGUCACGUCUCCAAUCGCUUUGCAAAACACCCCUCCCAGCAAAAUGGCUACGCUUCCUCGACUCAGCCUGGUCCGAGUCUCAAGUCUGUUCACCCGGACCACCAUGAUUCUGGGCUAGCCGCCUAUUUCGAUGCUUGGCACAAGCACCAAAGGCUCGAGAACCGGGAAUGGCAUCAGUUCCAGUUUGCCAAACGCAUCGAAUGGAAGCCGCCCUCGAGCGUCCAGGAGGCCGAAAACGCCGCAAAGGACGCGUCUUCUGCGACCAUCGAAGAUGUCGACCCCGAGGACAAACCAGCUCGCGGUGCCGCCGACCGCGCCUACAGUGCGAGUGCUGUAGAUGAUUUCAAGCAAGUAGUUGACCACAAGGCGGAGGCGGAAGCAUUGGCAAAGAUUGACGAAGCCAUCAACCGGGAAAUCGAGCGACGGAAGAAUGAGCCGGAGAACGAUGUGGGAGAUGCCGGCUCCAUUGCUGCCGACCUCGAGGCGCUUCCCUCCCAAUCGCCCGUUGCCGCUUCCCAAGCCUCCCCGAGGAUUUCCACCCCUCGAUCAUCCACCACUGCCCCUACGUCCGUCUCGGAAGCCGAAACAUAUGCAACGCAGCUGGAGAGGCUUGCGGAGGGUCGCCACUAUGCUGAAAUCCCCGCCGUUUUUGAGAACAUGCUCAUUGGCGGUGUCAAACCCACGGCUUCUGCAUACAAUGCGCUGCUGGUUGCUGCCAUCCACCUUCCUAGAGCGAAGCAUCAAGUUGUUCCCAAGGCACUGGACGUGUAUUCGGACAUGCUGAGGCGCCGCGUGCUUCCGGACCCGAAGACGUAUUCUAUUCUGAUUGAGUUGCUCUCCGUGCGUGCUUUGGAGGUCCUGUCUUCGAAGCAGAUCCUUGAGGAGAAGCGCGUCAGGUUUGGUGGAAUGGAUGAGCAGGGCAGGUUCAUGCUUCAAUCCAACGAGACCGACUUUGCCAUUCUCUUAGAAGAUGAUUCGCUCAACAUGGCCGUCAAGCUUUUCAACACAGCAUCCGCUAUUCAGUCCAACAGCACUUUCUCGGAAAAAACUUAUCGCAGGCUGAUCACCGCGUGUGCUGAGCUCGGUCGCGUCGAGGACAUGGUUCGCAUCUACACUCAUAUGGAAUCCAACAACAUCCUUCCUCGUGCGGAAAUGUUCGUCCCCAUGAUCCACGCGUUUGCAGCUUCCGGAGACUUGCGGUCCUCUGUCGAGUGCUACGACGAGUACAAGGCUUUGGCAAUUGCGAACGACAAAGGAGAAAACGCCAUGGUCCGGAAGGACAACGAUGUAUACGCUGCUUUGGUCAAGGCCUACGCAGUAUGCGAACGUCUGGAGGGAGGACGCAAGUUUCUUUUGAAGCUCGAACAAACCAUUGAGGAUCCAGAACGAGUUGCUAGCCUCCGUGACAUCGUUGGUUUGAAGGCCUUCAUUCCGGUCUGGCUUAAGAACGGUUCGUUUGAAGAUGCCGUGACUCACGCUCGGGAGCAGCUCAGCUCAAAUGCUCGGCACGUGGCCAUGGCUGCUAUCUGCGUCCGCGCUGCAGACUCCAACUCUGUGGAGAUGGCUACGAAUGCCUUCGAGUCUCUACCGGAACACAUGGAAGUGUCUGUCCCCGCAGUCGCGAUGAUUGCAAUGCACAUUCGCAACGGUAACAUCGAUGCUGCUCAGUACUUUUGGGACAUCCUCGAGGUUUCUGACGCACAGCCGCUCUUCGUUGAACCUUCUGCAAUGCUUGCGAUUGCGCUCAUUGGUAGCGGCCAUGCCGAGCGUGGACUGCGUCAGAACCGUCGCAUGCUGGGUCGUCUUCGCGAUUCGCAGACUGGAAAGACGAAAAUGGAGGUUGUCGAGCAGAUCGAUGAAGCCGUCGAGGUCAUUGGCCACUUUAUGAUUAAGCGUGGGAUUGUGCCACCGGCGAAAGCCAGCAUGGAAUUGUUCUGGACUAUGGUCGAAAACGGUGGACUUGUUCCUUCGGUCGCUGCGCACCUCCUGGGUGGCCUCGGCCCCGAGGGAGUCGCUCAACUUGCAUUUGAGGAUCUCACGCUUCUUAUGCAAAUCCAGACUGGCAUGAUUCUGAACACUUCUGCCGCAGACAUUGCCAACCAGGCUCGCUUCUCUCACGUGCUGGAAGUUCUCAUGGCGCACGGCCUGCCAAUCGACAAGCAGACCUCGAGCUUGAUCGAGAAGGUUCUGAUGAAACUCGACCGUCCAGAUCUCGCUCGGCGCUGGCAAGCCUUCCGUUACCCGACUAUGCCACCGAUGUUCACUCCGGUGCCCUUCUCGGCAUUUGGCGCCCCUCCACCAGUAGCACCCACACCCGUGUUUGAGGACAACUACGAUCCGUAUGCCGCAACUACUGAUAACAAGGGAUCCGUUGUCAUUACAGACCUUCUGGAGAAGACUCACGGACGUCCCGCUUCUCACCUGAAUGAGGCUCUCACGAAAUUCAGGAAUAUGAGACGAGCUGGCAGACACCCUCGUUAUUUUACGUAUGCCAAGUUGAUCACCGCUGCCGCCAAAGAGGGACGCAUGGACCUUGCCCAAGAUAUUCUGUCGCUUGCCAAGCAAGACGUCCCCUUCCAACCACAGCACCGCAUUGUCCGAUACGGCUGGGUGACUAUUCUGGACUCCAUGGUUGCUGCUUGCCUCCAGGCUGGCGACCGUCAUGGAGCUUCUCGAUACCACCAGGAACUCCUCGACAUGGGUGCCGCCCCAUCGGCGAAUACUUUUGGUUUGUACAUCACGACGCUCAAAGAGUCGACCAAGACUUUUGAUGAGGCCACGGAAGCCGUCAAGAUUUUCCUUAGGGCCAAGUCUGAGGGUGUUGAGCCAUCGUCAUUCCUCUAUAAUGCGUUGAUUGGCAAGUUGGGCAAGGCGAGACGUAUCGACGACUGCCUGUUCUACUUCCAGGAAAUGCGUAAUCUUGGUAUCCGCCCGACCAGCGUUACUUACGGUACCGUCGUCAACGCACUCUGCCGUGUGAGUGAUGAGAAGUUCGCUGAGGAACUGUUCGAGGAGAUGGAGAGCAUGCCCAAUUACAAGCCCCGUCCAGCUCCCUAUCACAGUAUGAUGCAGUUCUUCCUUACCACCAAGCGCGACCAGAGCAAAGUUCUGUCCUAUUAUGAGCGUAUGCGGUCGAAGGGUAUUGAGCCUACCACUCAUACCUACAAGCUUCUCAUCGACACGCACGCAACACUGGAGCCGAUCGACAUGGCAGCCGCUGAAUCUGUCCUGGACCAGGUUCGUGAGUCCGGUCAGCGGCCUGAGGCAGUCCACUUUGCCUCACUGAUCCACGCUAAAGGCUGUGUCCAACACGAUCUGGCAGGCGCCAAGGCAUUGUUCGAUUCGGUUCUCGCGAAAGGAGAGGUUCGUCCGCAAGCCUGUUUAUACCAGGCUUUGUUCGAGGCCAUUGUUGCGAACCACGACAUUGGUGCGACUGAGGCGUAUCUCUCGGACAUGAAGGCUAGAAAUGUCGAGCUGACGCCGUACAUCGCUAACUCGUUGGUCCAUGGCUGGGCGAGUGCAAAGAACAUCGAAAAGGCAGCAAGCAUCUACGAAUCAGUGCCGCUUGAGAAACGCGAACCCAGUACGUACGAAGCGAUGACAAGGGCAUACAUGUCGGUCGAAGACCGCACAGGUGCAGCAGUGGUCGUCAAGGAGGGCCUCUCUCGGGGCUAUCCCGCCGCUGUGGCUAACAAGAUCCGGGAGCUUAUCGGCGGCGGCUGGACUGGCGCUGGUGAAGGCACCGAAGCACAUGCUGCAUAA